AUGUGGUGCAUCGUUCUCUUGUUGGCCGUCGUCGCCACUUCUGUCCACGCCCAAAAAGGUCUGUACACUUUGUUGAUCUCCAAACGCUCGUUUUUCACGUUCUUUUCUUCUUUUGCAUAUUUAAUAUCACUUUGAAAACGUAAAAGGUCUUUUCAUCUUCGGUCCGCUCAUAAAGGAUUGUUUUUCAGAAGACGAACCGAUCGUUUUUCUCGUGCGAGUGCCCCAAUUGGAAGAUUUUGAUGAUUCCUCGCUUGAAUCUUUCUACCACCCUAGAGGUCAGUCAGGGGAAAUUGCGGCAGUUCCGGUCGGAGGGGAAGAAGAAGAAGGAGAAGCACGCCUCCGAAGUGAAAUUGAAACUUUCUUCUUGCUUCCGGAAGACUUAGAUUACUGUACUUCCUCGUUUGCAGACGUAUUCACGAAAAGAGCAAUUCCGUUCAAUGGCGGCAUGUACGGCAAGAGAUCGACAAUGCCGUUCUCCGGAGGAAUGUACGGAAAACGGUCGAGUGUCGGACCGAUUUAUGCUCAACGACGGGCCGCCAUCCCGUUCUCCGGAGGUACGAAACCGAGAAGAAGUGCCCCGGAUUACUGUAGUCUCUUUCAGGAAUGUACGGAAAGCGUUCGGUUUCGGUGAGCUAUGGGAACAACGAGAACCAGAUCAAGCGAGGAGCGAUGCCGUUCUCGGGCGGCAUGUACGGACGAUGA